AAAGUGCACUAACGAACAAGUAACAGAGAAGUGACAAAGUGACAAAGUGACGACAAAGUGAUGAAUUGCGGUAAAAGUGUCCUAAGGUGUAGGACAUGUUGACGUCCACUGUGUGUGUAAAUAAACUGAUGUGCACAGCAUCUGCAGGGAGAGGUUGCUGCAGCGUCCCGCGUAUUGCGUCAUUCAGGCGUGAGUCAACAGGGGCGGGGCCAACAAACAGGGCGGAACGAGCAUGUAGCAACAUUUCACCAGGCGACCUGUUCGGGUUGUUUGGAGCCGGGGGGAAAAAGCACCUGGCCCGGCGGGGGGUGGAGCGUGUUUUGGCAGGAGCUAUGGACGCGGACACGCAGGAGCAGGAGGACGAGCUGCUCGCCCUUAACAGUAUCUUUGAUUCGGACGAGUUCGUCCGGGAUGAAUCCAAAUCAGCCGGAGAGAUCCGAGUGUCCGUAGAGGUCCCUGCAGACUUCACCGCGGUCCUGAAAGAAGGUGAAUCACUGAGGCAGUACCAGCUAUCGUUCCUUCCGCCUUUGCUUCUGACCUUUGAACUGCCGCAGGACUACCCGUCCUCCUCGGCUCCCUCCUUCUCCCUCACCUGUAGCUGGCUGACAGACACACAGCUCUCCGCACUGGCUGCUCAGCUAACCGAUCUCUACCAGGCCACUGGUGGCGCUGUGGUGCUCUUCUCCUGGGUGCAGUUUCUUAAAGAAGAUACCCUCAGGUUCCUGGACGUCCAUUCCGUGCUGGAGCUCCCCUCCGAUGAACCCGGCACCCUGUACGAUGGCCAGGACUCAAUAAAUGCUCCACUGUCAGAAGUCGCAGCAUCCUCAGAGGUUCCUUCAACCUCAGACCGGGGCGUCGCGGACUCGAUGGAGGCUGAGCGGACCCUCCGGACCUCUGGGAACAACGAUCCGUCCACGGUGGCAGGCGCCUCAAAGCAUCUCCAGUAUGCGUCAGAUGACCUGGACGAUUUCUCAAAGGACGGGGGCGCGGCAGCCUGGUCGCUACUUCCCCCUGGCUCCUCAGACCCGGGCUCUGGUCUUCCUCUGACUCCGUCACAGACCCUCUUAUCCCAGCUCCUGAUCUGGAACGCGGCUCGGACGCAGAGAGCGUUCUCAGCCACGGUGUUUGACUGCGGCGUGUGUCUCGCGGGCUUCCUCGGUUCCGACUGCGUCCAGUUGCCCGAGUGUGGCCACAUCUUCUGCAGGGCCUGCCUCGCCAAGUUCUGCGAGCUCCGGAUAACAGAGGGCAACGUCAAGGGUGUGACCUGUCCUGAGGCGGACUGCGCUGCCACCCCAACACCUGCACAGGUUAGGUGUCUGGUAGGGGAAGAUCUGUUCGGUCGCUAUGAUCGUCUUCUGCUACAAUCCACUCUGGACUGCAUGGCUGACGUGGUGUACUGUCCUCGACGUGUUUGUGGCUCGGCCGUCAUUUUUGAGAGCUCCGGCGCUGCAGCCCAGUGCUCCGUGUGCAGCUUUGCCUUCUGCGUCACCUGCAGGAAGAACUACCACGGAACAGAGGGCUGUCCAAAAAAGAGGAUUACAGAAAUACAGGAAGCCGAGGCGGACCUGCCGCAGUCACAAGCGGGGUUGAUGGGGCUGUGGGAAGACUAUACCAGUGGCAGUAAGAAGAGGCAGCGCCUCCUGGAGAAAAGGUAUGGCCGCGCUGUAAUGCAGGGCACCGUCGGGGAGUGCCUGAGUGAGGACUGGAUUUCCUGCAACAGCAAGAAGUGUCCCCACUGCUUCUGCAAAAUAGAGAAGAACGGCGGAUGUAACAUGAUGACGUGCACUCACUGCGGACAGCGGUUCUGCUGGAUCUGCCUCACCAGACUGCCAACAUAUCAGGCAGGAAAACACUUUGACAACAGUGAAUGCUCGCAGUACCAAUAGGCCCUUUUCACGGCUGCCAUUUUCACAUGUUAUUUAAGGGUAAGAAGAGGUUUUAUCGAUUAAAAAAUGAAUUAUGGUCCCAUUUUGAUAAUUAUAAUACGGGUAGAUGAAAUCCAGCAUGGUUGAGACUGUCAGGCCUAACAACACCCCCGAACUGUCACAUUAUUGGAAGAUGAAGUACAGCAUCUUGUACCUUAUUGCUUAAGUGUGGCAUUCAAGUGAGCCAGCAUUCACAUCACCGGGACUAAAUACCACCUAGAGACACAUUAAUAAUAGGAUUACUUAAACCUGUGUUUACGCUGCAGUUAGGAUGUCAAAAAGAGCUCAACCACCUUCAGUUAGUCGCACCGCCAGCCACUGCCAGACACGGAGAGGAUGAAUUAAAUGAAUGUUGCACGGGUUUGCUGUGAUCAGUUCAGUUUGAUUUGUAAUAGCGCUUUUAACAAAUGCUUGUCAAUGCUCAUGAAUGCUGAUUUUAAGAAAGAAAAAUAUGCAAAUGGUAUGAAUGACACAAUAAUGAUGUGGAACAUCAAAUAAUAGUUGUCAUUUCAACACUGUUUGAAACUGCUAGUAGUGGAAAAAGUACUAAGAUCUAAAUCUACAAGAUUGCAGCAUUGUUAAUACGUUGAUUUAUACUUACUUCUCAAAGCGGAAAAUAAAUUAGAAAUAGAUAAAUAGCCGUCUCAAAAUGUAUUUUUUUCAAAAUGUGUGGAUGUAUGUAAGCAAAGGUAAACUACUUUGGAACUUUCACUACAGAUGAUACAGGAUAAAUGGGCUUUAUCCACAACAGAUUAUUUUGCCACAAUCCAUUUUUAAAAAGCCAAACGACAUACCAAUACUAACUAAAUGGCACCUUUAUGAAAUCACAGCACAAGUCUUACUGUGUCAUGGCAAUUAGUGGGUGCUGAAAAACAAGAAUGUAAAAGUAAACAGACUAACAGAUUGUAGCACUUAAAUUGUGCUUAUAAUGGCUCUUAUCUAUAGCAAGUUGUAGAUCGGCUUAUUUUAUGAAAUUGCACUUUGUUGUUUCUUACGUUAUCUUCUUACGUCGUCUUCUUUUUUCUUUUAGCAAAUAUCAUUCAAGUAAGUAACAUCCCAGCAGCGUUUGAGCACAGUCAAAAGGUUAUGGUUCUAGGUGUCCGUUACGAAGACUGCUAGGAAAGAUUUUACCCUCCAACUCUUGAACCUUCUACCGAUUAUACGCACAUAUUUGGCAUAAGUCCACAAUAUGAACACAUUCGAAGGCCCUUGAUUGGGACCUCGCAGCUGCCUAUUUGGAACAACAAAGAACACUGUCGCUUUCUGAGACAUGGAGAUCUACAGCUGUCUUUCAUAUUGAGGCAAAAUAUACCGGCCCUCUCUAUUGCUGUCUCUCUUUGUGUGUCUGUCUGUGUGUGUGUCGGUGUGUCUGUGUUUCCUCAGAGGGGUCAUCUCUUCCUCAUAAAUGUCUAAACAACUGUUUGCCAUACUGACCCAGCAGGGUGGAGGUGGCUGGAAUGUGUCAGUGGUUGUCAAUCUCUUUUUUUGUGAAUCAUGUGAAAUAUAAAUACAAAUGAAAAAAAGUUAUAAUUCAAAGUAGCAAAGCACAUAAAUUAAAAAAUAUGAUUGUCAGCUUGACAGGGAGUUUCAAUAUCUUUGAAACUUGCCGCAAACACAGUUACUGUAGCGGGAACAUUAUAAAUAACUGCCUUCCACUUAUUAAACACUGGGAAACUUUGAUUUCCAAUCUAAA